AUGGAGGAUGCAGCCGAUGCAUCACAAACCACUAUGGAGGAUGCAGCCGAUGCAUCACAAACCAAUAUGGAGGAUGCAGCCAAUGCAUCACAAACCACUAUGGAGGAUGCAGCCGAUGCAUCACAACCACUAUGGAGGAUGCAGCCAAUGCAUGACAAACCACCAUGGAGGAUGCAGCCAAUGCAUGACAAACCACCAUGGAGGAUGCAGCCGAUGCAUCACAAACCACCAUGGAGGAUGCAGCCGAUGCAUCACAAACCACCAUGGAGGAUGCAGCCGAUGCAUCACAAACCACUAUGGAGGAUACAGUCAAUGCAUCACAAACCACCAUGGAGGAUGCAGCCAAUGCAUGACAAACCACCAUGGAGGAUGCAGCCGAUGCAUCACAAACCACCAUGGAGGAUGCAGCCGAUGCAUCACAAACCACUAUGGAGGAUGCAGCCGAUGCAUCACAAACCACUAUGGAGGAUACAGUCAAUGCAUCACAAACCACCAUGGAGGAUGCAGCCAAUGCAUGACAAACCACCAUGGAGGAUGCAGCCGAUGCAUCACAAACCACUAUGGAGGAUGCAGCCGAUGCAUCACAAACCACUAUGGAGGAUGCAGCCAAUGCAUCACAAACCACUAUGGAGGAUGCUGCCGAUGCAUCACAAACCACUAUGGAGGAUGCAGCCAAUGCAUCACAGACCACUAUAG